UAAGUCGUGUGCACGCGUCUUCGAUCUGGUUUGACGCGACUGGUACCCAUGGACCGGAAACAGGAAGAGCCUGAAUCCUCCGACUAUUUUGCCAGCAGUGACGACCACCGUGACGGGGUUCGUGAAGAUAUAUUCGUUCAGCAUGGAAGGCCGGUUGUAUUUUACAUCCACAAGAGCGUGAAACAGAGAGGGAAGGUUGAAGCGGAUAUCAAGCGCCAUGGUGGACGUACGACGGAUAAGAAGCGCGAGGCGCAUACCAUACUUGUCGGUCCCUCGAUUGAUCUGCAGGAGCAGCGUUUCGUUUAUUAUUGGGAUAGGAGGAACCACUCGACGUAUAUUGAAAGAGGGGAGUUUGUAGGUGCCUGUCUGAAGCAUGGGAAAUAUGAACACAGGGAGUCGAUGAAGCAAAGCAUGCCUGGGAGGCCUACAGGGGGCGGAAGAGUGAGGCGUGCAUUCACUGAAGAAGAGGACCGGAACCUUUGUCGCUACAUUGCAAUGUACAUACCGGACAAAGAAGCUGGAGGUCGUAUGGGCAAUUAUAUAUAUGAUUACCUUGUGAAGCUUGGCGAAACUCAUCGCCGGUACAGUUGGGCCACUCGUCAUACCAGCCUAUCCUGGCGUGAGAGGUAUAAGAACAACCGAGAGAUGUUCGAUGAUAUU